GCCCGAUCGGACUUCCCACUUCCCGGAAAGGCUAAGGAGAAGAGUGUGUAUCCUGGGACAGGGGGAGUCCCUUUCCCCGCCCCUCCCCUCCCCGCCCCGUGGCCGCGGCGUGGCUGAGCCCGGGGCGGAGCUGGCGUCUCCUCGAGCGCUGGCGGCCGGACGGCGGCCGCGGCCCAGAGCAGAGACUGGUGGACAGACGCAGAGACCGUCCCGGCGGGAUCGCGGGCAGAAGGACGACCCGGCGCGCUGCAGUGUGGCCGCAGCGACGGAGACCCGGAGCUGUCCACUCAGGCGGAGCCGGGCGUCUUCAGGUCCCUGUGCCUAGACAUCCAGCUGCACCUGCCUGGCCAUGGCACUGUGUCUGAAGCAGGUGUUUGCGAAGGAUAAGACUUUCCGGCCCCGGAAGCGCUUCGAGCCUGGCACACAGCGCUUUGAGCUAUAUAAGAAGGCACAAGCUUCACUCAAGUCCGGCCUGGACCUUCGGAGCGUGGUAAGGCUGCCGCCUGGGGAGAGCAUCGAUGACUGGAUCGCUGUGCACGUGGUGGACUUCUUCAACCGCAUCAACCUCAUCUACGGCACCAUGGCUGAGCACUGCAGUGAGACCAGCUGCCCAGUCAUGGCUGGUGGGCCCCGCUACGAAUACCGCUGGCAGGAUGAGCGUCAGUACCGAAGGCCUGCCAAGCUCUCAGCACCCCGCUAUAUGGCAUUGCUCAUGGACUGGAUCGAGGGUCUCAUCAAUGAUGAGGAUGUCUUUCCUACACGUGUCGGAGUUCCCUUCCCCAAGAACUUCCAGCAGGUCUGCACCAAGAUCCUGACCCGACUCUUCCGAGUCUUUGUCCACGUCUACAUCCACCACUUCGACAGCAUCCUCAGCAUGGGGGCGGAGGCACAUGUCAACACCUGCUAUAAGCACUUCUACUACUUCAUCCAGGAGUUCAGCCUGGUGGACCAGAGGGAACUAGAGCCACUGAGGGAGAUGACAGAACGGAUCUGUCACUGAGUCCAGAUCUGGAUGUUGUUGCCUGUCAGAUGGACCAUCUGAACACAGUGUAGCUGGGAGAGGGCACCCUAAAGGAGUCUGGGGGUAGAGAAAUCUGAAGGCCUACUGAAGAGUAGGAACCCUCUAUAGACCCAACACCUCUGGACUUCUCAGAAGUCUAUCUGUGUCGUGGAAUGCAUGGACAAGGGAGAAGGGAGGGCUUCAAGUGGGCCACAGAAGAAAAGGAGCUUAGCCCCUCAUAUCAAGGCCAAGAGUAGGGUAGGCUACCAGGUCUCUGCUCUGAUACUUUCACCUUUACCUCCUACUAUGAUGGUUCCCAAACCCAUUGGGGAAUAUGGAUGUGGCUGAAGUGAUGGCAAGAAAAUUAUAGAGAGUGAGUGCCUGUCCCUGAGUAAGCAGGUGUGUGUGUGUGUGUGUGUGUGUGUGUGUGUGUGUGUGUGUGUGUGGAAUUUGUCUGAGAGAUCCAAGUCCUUCCAGACACAUAGUAGGCCCUCAUGAUGCAUGGAUGGAUGGAUGGAUUGAUGUAUGGAUGGAUGGAUAGAUGGAGAGGUUGACUCCAAGUCUAUGACCAUUAUAAGAAUAAUGACAGCUUAGUGAUCCAACUCUGACCGUAUGUACAAGUGUACAAAAUGUGUGUGUAGAUGGGAUUAUACCUCUAAAUCUUCUAGACUACCAUCUUCUAUCAACAUGAGUCCCUGUAUUUGAGUGGAGGUUAGACAGUACAGCUUUGCCCUAAGUUCCUUAAGCCUCUGACCUACCACCAUGUGGGACCUGCCACCAUGUGGGACCUGCCACCAUGUGGGACCUGCCACCAUGUGGGACCUGCCACCAUGUGGGACCUACCACUAUGUGGGCUGAUUUGCUCAGCCAAGGAUGUCUUUGAAUUGUCAGUUCAACUCAUCUCUGCCUCCAAGAGGGCCUGAUAUCAUUAAGCCUCUGAGCUGGGCAGUGGUGGCUCACACCCUUAAUCUCAGCACUUAGAAGGCAGAGGCAGGUUGGAUCUCUGAGUUCGAGGCCAGCCUGGUCUACAGAGUGAGUUCCAGGAUGGCCAGGGAUACAUAGAGAAACCCUGUCUCAAAAAAAAAAAAAAAAAGCAAGCAAACAAAUGGUAAGCCUCUUGAGGUUGGGAUUGAUCCUCAGGGUCUCCUGGAUCUUGAACUUAGACACAAGAUACUUCAAUCUCUAACCCAGAACCUACUGACAUGACUAAAGGCCAACACAAAAUAGCCCUCCAGACCAGGGAGCCACUGGAACUUGAAUUGGAAAAUCCAGAGUCUUUUCUUCUAUCUCAGGAUACUGAGUAGCUGAUGGAGAGCUUCCCAUCCUAAAAACACCUGCCUCAGCCCAACCUCCUGGUACAUUCAAGCUUCUUGGAUUUCCAAGCACAGCUAUCUAGAGAGGCUGGGAUGCUUGAUCAGUAGCCAUCACUCAGUACCUCCAUGCUGAGCCCUAUGCUCAGACUCACAGAUAGGGAAGCUGGCAGAAAUAGGUUUCUGUCCUUCCAGAGCCUUUAUCCUGAGAGGCCAGAAUGAGAAGAAGAAGUCACAUAUGAGUAUUGUCUCUGCCUUUCAAUAUGCAUUGGAGGAAACUGAAACUGUUAAGAAUCCAAGGCUCUUGACUUCUACUCUAGGGCCCGCUGAUUGCGACACCAAGAUGCAUGUGCAAACAGAGGUUGUCAGACACUCUCCAGGACACCACUGUUUCUGCUUUGAAUGAGGAUUUCUAGCCUGAUACCAGAAGACCCUACCACACCCUGGGUUGGCUAGAGAUGGCUGCUGAGGCAAACCUCCAAAACCAGGCCGCUUCCUAUGGCUAAGGAACUGCCUGCCUUCCAGAGGCACAGCUGGGGCUCUCUGGGGCAGCAGGACCUAGAAAGUCCCCCAGGGAAACAUGCUGGCUUUGGCAGUGUCUCAGAACUGAGGACAAUGGGAGAUUCCCCCAUGGUGGGCUGCAGAACAUAUUCUGAAAUCUAGGCUGUGAAAAGGGACCCAUGGGGGUGGGAGGGCAGGGAAAUCUAUUUUUGUGAAGAAAAGGAAAGAUUUUGCUAUUUUUUGGUAAAAUAAAAGAUAUAAACUAAAGCAA